AUGAUCUUGGUGGCUGGCUUUCACUUGGAGGCACAGUCGGGAAUCACAGAGCCAUCUGGGAAGUCAAUGGGCAAAUCGGUAGUGUCGCGUCGCAGUGAAGAUGAAGGUCGCAAUGUGGAUGUAGAGGGCACCUCGCUUGGAGACCGAGGUGAUGCGACAAGACCUGGAGCUUCUCUCCCCGUCAUUGCCAUACCAGGAACCUCGCAUCCCGACUUUGCAGUGCCUAUCUCCUUUAUGGCGCUACAGGAGGACCACAUGGUCAUGACUUUUGCAACUGUCGCUGACCGGCACAUUGACCGGACCGGGAUGGUCGCACCUAUUCGAGUGCCGGAGUGGGAGGACGAAGAAGAUGCAGAGACGGAGAUACAGUCACAGUCGAAUUCUGAAGGGCUCGAAGAAGAAAGCGACUACCUCACAGAAGAGGACGAAGACGACGACGACGACGACGAAGAUCCAAUGGAUCAAUGGCGGACGGGGAGAAUGCUUACAGGGAGUCUACCUCUGAGGAAGACGGUACGCUUUGUGUACUUUGCCCCUUGGGUCGUAGAGAAGCUCAGGGCUCGGUGA